AUGAAUCCACUAACACUUUUUGAAAAACAAAUAUGGCCUUUAAAUGAAAAGGUACCAAAUUUGGAAUGUCUUACAUUAUAUGAUAUUAAUUCUGAUGAAUUAAAUCUAUUCUUAUCCAAUAUAAUGUCUUUUAAGAAAUUAACAGAACUGAAUAUAACGUCCAGCACGCGUUUCUGUAAUAAUACUGUUUGGGAAUCUUUUCACAGUUUAACAAAAAAUAUUCAUUCAUUGAGAAAAAUAAAAUUAGAAAAUAUUAUCUUAUCUUUUGAAUCGACAUAUGAUUGGAAUAAUGAUACAAUUACACAUAUGACUAUUCAGAUAAAAACAACAGAUGAUUUAAUUAUACUUUUACAUAACUUUAGCAAUCUCCAUUUUCUCGAUGUUUGUAUUGAUAAAUUCGAAGCUCCUCAUGCUAAACAGUAA